CUACGAGUACGAUAACUAAUCAGCACGGAGGGUGUAAUACAUGUAUAUGUUAGAAUUCUGCAUUUAUCGAGGAAUUGACCCAGAAUAAUCGUAUACCAAAACUUUGCGGUAGGAUAAAGAGAAAACAGCUAAUUAACCAGAAAGCGGACAUCAUUAUGUGGCACAGUCCACUUUGGCUGAUAUUCCUUGUAUGCACUAUUUUGCUGUGCAUCCAAACGACGAAAACCGAAAGGUCACGUCGGCAAACCAAUCAGCUAUCUUUCCAAGAUCCUUCUCGAACAUUCUGCGUGCCGAGUCCGGCAACAGCCGGCACAUAUCUCGACCAACUGCGCAUGACAUAUUCUUCUUACGCCAUCCACUUCUCCAUUCCCAGCCAUGAUCCCAAUUUCGUCGUCGAUCCCGACAAGGGAAACCUAGUGAUUGCCCAAAACUUACCAUCCGGCCAAUCGUAUGCCUUCACCGUACAAGCCCAGGACCUCAACACCGGCAGCGCUGCGACCGCUUAUAUUACCGUCAACACAUCGCCAUGUGGACCAGUCAACACGGUUCUGACUACUCCCGCUACACCCCAGAUGACCUACCCUGCCUUUGAAUUCACGGCCACGAACUGCGACAGCGGAUCAAUCGUUGGACAACUCACGGUCACAACGAGCACGGGGUCAGCGGUGACCUAUGCGUUGGGCGGAAGUCCGUACUUUACUAUCAACCCCGCCGGGCAAAUCUUGGUUUCCAACACACCACCGUUGUCCGGGACAACACAGACCCUGCACGUGAUGGCCACAAGUGACGGACAAACAUCUGCGGUGCCGGUUACUAUUAUUAUACCGGCAAACUGCUACGGAUCCCAGUCGUCUCCAGACAUUAUUGGCUAAUAAAAACAUCGAUCGAUUGAAAUAUUUUUGCAUACAAAGCAUGUAUCUGUUAGAGUGUAUCAUUGCAGUACCACGAGUAGUAUAUCGGUUCCAGACUUCCAGUGUAUGGUAGGAAAUGAAAAGUUAAUCGCGCGGAAAUAAGUAUGACAAUGUUUUUGGAGGUCCGUCGGUCAGCACUGGGACCUACUGUUGCAAAUAUGUAGUCUUCAAAUAGAAAUCUUACCAUCUGAUUGUUCACUCUAUAGUCUAUACAAAGUUGUUUGGUUUGUAUCUUUUGUACCAGUCAUGCAGUUGUUUGAGAAAUUUUCGGUGAUGCAUACACUUUACAUAGAUAAUCGAAGUAGUAAUAACUAAUAAGCAGAUAGUUUUUUAUGGUAUACU